GGGUUUUCCUCACUCAAAAGAGCAGUAAGGUGACUGCACAAAUUGGGGGAAAAUAGUUGCUAAGUCCAUCCAAGGAAAAAGGGCCUAAAUAAUUCUUGGCUUUGCAUUCACUGGCGCCAAGUCAAUAACCGAGAUACUAAACAUGGAGCAUCUGGGAGGCAGGGGAAUUAGAGAGCCACCUUAGAAAUAGACUAUUUACUUCUUUCCCAUUAUGCUUAGCAUUCGUGGACAUUUGAAAUAAAGAGAUUUUAAUUUAGUGCUAGUUAUACUUCAGAUUUUUGGUGCUAGAGUAUUAUUAUCAUAUAUAUAUUUUUCUAUUAAUUUUCUUAAAAGUGAAGAAUAAAUCUUAUGCAAAGCUGCAGGGAUAAAUUUUAGAGACUGAUUUAGCCUUACAUGCUUUUGGGGUCACUCCUAAAGAAUUUAAGCGCUGGUUUUGCAUUCAAAGCAGAGCUGUUUGCUAUUUGCUAUUUGGAAAUGGUUGUAACUAACAUGGAACAAAGGCUAUUAAAUGGUUAUUGUCAACAGUGACUCGUUACUAGCUUCUCAAAAGUUGGCUACAAAAUAAAGUUUAGAUGUUGCACUUUUAAAUUUGGUUUGUAAAUGCAAUGAUUAUAGUUUGAGCGUUCUUUCAAAUGUUCUAUGAGACACAAGUUUAUUUCGGUUUUGAGUUAUCUCAAGUUUUGUGAAUAAAUUGUGCUUUGAACU